CAUUGAAGCGAUGAAAAGGCAGCGCGGCUCUGGCGGUAUCUCGUGCAAGCUCAACGUUCCUUAAUAGCGCUCCACGGCUGCAGACGAUAUUAUACGAGCUCCUGAAACGCGAGCUUAGAGAGAAAAAAAAAAGAACAAAGCGGCUACUGAAGCGGCUAGAACAAAGCAGACUCGACUCCUACGCGAGCGAAACAGAUUUCAAGGGCAGCAUGAAACUGAAAGCUCCAGCUGUCACCGUGUUCUUCGUUCCGGUAGCGCUGGACUUGUGGAUGUUCUCAGUGGCCGUAAAUGUUCUACCCAGCAAGCUGAUCACAUUGACGAAGGAUCACACAGAAGACUACAUCGAAAGUCCAAACUAUCCCGAUGACUAUUACCCUCAAGACACACAAAUUCAAUACAAAAUUGAGGUGAAGAUCGGAAACGACGUGCUCCAGGAGAUGGCGCGGAUCCAGGUGACGUUCGAGGUGUUCUUGAUGGAGCGUAGUGCCUUCUGCCACAAGGAUGGCCUCGACAUCGUCGACAGAACCGGCGAAGUGAGAGCGUACUGCGGUCCCCAGAGCGGCCGCAACUUUCUGAUGGAGGACAGCGUCAUCAUCAUGCGGAUGUACACGGACGCAAAAGGGCGCGAUCGUGGCUUCCGCAUCCGCGUUCGCCUGCAUCAGUCACCCUGCGGUGGUGUGUUGCGGCUUUCCCGGUCGGGAUACAUCACCACGCCCGACUAUCCAUACAGUUACGGGGCCCACAGGUUGUGUGUAUGGAGGAUACAGGCCAUGUUUGGCAUGCGCAUCAAGCUGAGCUUCGAUGGCUACUUCGAUAUUAGAAGCGACGACCAUGACACCUGCUUCAUGGACUAUCUCGAGAUUAGCCGGUCGGGCAAGUUCGAAACUGACUCGCAGCGGUACUGCGGACAGACGCGACCCAAGACGAUCAUGUCUACUACUAACAAGGUUGAGCUGAAGUUUGUGAGUGACUGCUGCGAGGAAGGACGUGGUUUUAAACUGCGCUAUGACAUUAUUCCUUCUUGGUCCGUGGUGCCUACACCAGCCACUGAUAGGUACAAGCCAGUACCAUGCCACAUGGCAGAUUGCGGCGAACCCCAGGAGCUGCUUCCCAGGAUUGUCGGUGGUCAAGAGUACACCGAGCACAAACACCCGUGGCUGGUGGCUAUCUUCGACAAGUACAAUGAUUUCAUCUGCGUCGGUAGCCUGGUCUCUCCCCGCCAUGUUCUGACCGCUGCUCACUGUUGCGAUGGUCAAAAGAGCCUCAGCGUCAAGACGGGUGUGCAUCGUCUCACCGAUGGCCUACACCAAGCUGUCCGACACUGUCACAUGCACCCGCACUACAGGAAGCGCAACCUGGCUAACGACAUCGCCCUUCUAGAGCUCGUCAUCAGCGUCGACUACAACGAGUUUCAGAGGCCCAUCUGCCUUCCACUAGACGCCAAAGACCUGGUUGGAAAGGACGGUGUCAUCGCCGGAUGGGGUCGAGAAUCUUACGGUGGUCGAGACAGACAGACGCCGAAGGAGGCCUCAGUCCCUUUCGUCUCCCAGUCAGAGUGCACGUCGAAAUACGGUGCCAUCAUUCUCGAGUCAAACGUCUGCGCCGGCGGCGACGUGGAAGAUGCUUGUCAGGGUGACAGCGGGGGGCCUUUGAUGUCGUCUGCUCAUGCUCUCAACCGGGUGGUCCAGAUGGGCAUUGUCUCGACGGGAAUCGGGUGCGGCCGCAAGGGACACCCGGGCAUCUACACCCGGCUGACCUCGUACCACGACUUCGUCUACAACUUAACUCACCAGCAGUGGUGCACAGUGCAGUCGCGGCUGUGAGGAACAAUCGAUGCGUGUCGAAGCACAAGUGAACACAUCGUGAAGUGAAAGAAGCUAUAGCUGCAGUUAAUUCUACUCCACCCAUAAUUUUAGUAGCGUGGCACACAGACACCAUUUGUGAAAAAAAAAAAACUCGAAGAUUCCGUUGCACAUGGAACACCAUCGGAAAAUCUGCGCAUUUUUCACCAUAUCAACCUUGCCACAGUCUCUCAAUAUUCGACUUUCAUAGACUACGUCUCUGUUAUACGAGCAGUCAAUUCGGCAAGGAGAGAGGAUGCCAUCUAUCAUUGGCGCCCUCGCUUAACUUUGCAAUUUUCACUUUACCUCAAUCAGACGUACAAAGAGUCCACUUCUUCAAAUAAUAGAUAAUAAAUAUACUAAACAAUAUCACAGCGACAUAAGUUAAUACUUUAAGGACUAGGUAAAUUGUGAUGUUUGGAAUUAUACUUGGCACUUAACAACCUUCCCACUAUAGAAAAUAACCGAGGCACACUCUAAAGCCGAGUCCAAGUAAACAUCACGGUGGAGCUUCAUACUAAAGAUUUUUUAGGGUGAAGCUUGAAGCCCCAACUCCCGAAAACUAAACAAGGAGCUCCGUGACAGUCUAGACUUAGGGGCGUCAACAUGUGCUGCUCGUGCUGCGAUAACAACUUGAGUAAAAUAAACGCGUGCACUGUGGGCGGACGGUUGCAGGCGCGGUGAGGACUAGGAGCGUAAUACGAAUGGUCGGCCUUAUACACAGGGUGUCCCACUUAACUUUAGCCAGAGUUGAAAAAUAUGCGAAUGCUACAUAGCUGAAGUAGUAAAGGCAAGGCGAUGAAGACCAGGACUCAAGAGGAAGAACACAAACGACCGGACCGGCGCCACUCACAACUGUCGUUUGUGUUCUUCUUCUUGAGUCCUGGUCUUCUGCGCCUUGCCUUUACUACUUCUAACAUGAACCAACUAACCCAAGCAAGAGUUUUACUGCAUACCUGGCCAGAGCCAGGGUAAUGGUGUUUGUCGUCGCUUGGAGAUACUUAGAUUAUUUUUGUCAUUCCGCCUAAUUAGAUAAUUAGUCCUAAUUACUUAUCAUCUCAAAAGUUGUAACUAGAUGGAAAGUGUCAACGAGAAAAUUGUAGACCGACAGGAAAAGGUUCUGGUACAGCUUUAUCUUGCGCAAUACGUGCUGCAUAAAAGUGUCUUUCCGAGCGUGAAAGAAGCCCGCGAAUACACGCAAAAUUGCCACGCGACUGGCCGCUCGAGGCACUUUGCGUGUACUCGCGGCAUUCGAGGCUAAAGUAAGCUGGCACACCCUGCGUACAUAGCUUUUACCUGUCGCCACGAACGCAGCGCGUGACCGUGUUCUCACCCUGCUAUUGCCCGAACAUCGCAGUUACGAUGAUGUCACGCGUACAUUGUUUUGCUUUCUGCCUAUCACCUUUUUUUCACUCGGUUAUUAGUGUUACCGAUUUAUUGGUCGGCGCAAAAGUGCUGUCCUGCUGUCGUAUUGACACGUUCCUUAUUUAUGGAACUUCUCCGCGUGCCAGUACACCAAGAUGGUGGUUACGAUGAUGUCAAUGCAAACGAUCUAUUCCCGAGCUCAAUUAUUUUUUUUAUGAACUUGUGUGAUGCACGCCACGCGCCGGCAUCGCGUUGCCUCCGUUGCCAUGACUUUAGGGAUAUUUUGUUUUUUGCUGGCAAACUAAACAGAACGCACUGAGGCUUACCGACUGAGAACGCACGCGUAAGAGGCUGGGCUCCAAGUACAGAAAAGCUUUCAUUUCUAUAUGAAAGAAGCAUUAGUUGGACAGGAGACCAUGAAAGCAAACACUGUAGAAAUGUUUCAACGUUUCAAGAAAUAGGAACCGUAGAAAGAUUGGCUUGAUAUACUACAUAUUACUUUCUCAGAGCUACGGCUAAAUUUGUUCUCUCCUUCUCAUCAAUGUCGGCGUGUAAUCACUAUUGCCUCACCCAUCACUUUCUACAGCAUGUUAUUUUUUUGUUAGACGAUUACAUCCCCAAUGCAUGUCAAAAAAUAAAAAAACAAAUCCAUGGCGCUUUCUGCGUCACCAGUGUAUGAUUGGACGCUCUUAACCGUAAGCUUUCCGUUAAACUAAAAAAAAAGACAGGUGCCAUAAAAAUUAGUUCUCAAUCUCGUUACCUUCUGAGAGCCCUUGUACGUUUUCACUGCACGUUGUCUUCAUCCCCUUGAAAAAUUACUCUGGAAGCUUUCAUGUAAACUGAUCAUCCCAGAUAAGAACACUAGUUGCACGCGCAACUGCAUGGACGAGAUUUCAUUAUAUUAUUGCGGUUAGCUUUCGAGAAAAUUCACGGAAUUUGAUCGGGAACGUGGUGCCGUCCCAGACGCUGAAUGACAAUUGAGAAAUUCAUUUCCGAUAUAGCGAUAUGACAUAAAAAUUGAGGAUGCAGCGUCAACAUGCCUUCUCCACUACAGCAUCUUAGAUCUUCAUAGGACAACAAAGGUAAAACUCUUCAACAAGACGGAGCACCCAACACCAGCGCUACUGUGGUCUCCACUCUUGUGUAACUCUCGUGUUGCAUCCCACAUCUUCGUCGCCGUGUCUUUCGAGCGCUUUACAUUUGUUACUGUGCUAUAGCAACAAGGCUGAACCUGACGCCUUGUUAGAUAUUCAGCUCUGUGUUCUGCCCCAGGAAACCCAAACUCGACUGCGCAUCAAUGAAUAUUAGAACAGCUUGUUUACAUUUAUAUUUUGUAUGGAGAAUGGAUACGUAGCAAUGAAAAAAACAGGAAAUGUUCGUCGCUUAAAAAAUAAUUGAUUAUAUAGAUUGAUUAUUCACUAAUUCGUUUUCUGAAUCAUGAACUGGGAACUCGCUGCAGCUGCAAGAAACGCUUCCGUGAGCUUUGCGUUUUGUGAUAUCAAAUUAGGCCCAGUAAGAUUAAUACUUUCUGCUACGGGGGUUAAUAAACAAACGCUGUAUGUCUUGCAUCAAAUAAAAGGAAACCUUACCUUGUCCAGA